AUGGACCCCUCGAGAGCGUUGCAGGAGGGUUCUGAGGUCUCUGCACUGAACUCAACGGAUAAUUUUCAGUUUCCCGCGCAGGCCCUUACGGAAUGUACGGAAUGCAACGGGGAUGUGGCGGCUUCAAGCUUUGCAAGGCUCUCGACGGAUGGUGAAGGCGGUAGAGCAAGUGAAAAGGAAGGUGACUCACCGGAUCAGAUGGAUAAUGACAACAGUGAAGGGGGCGAAUUUGAUAUUUUUGAAGGCGUGGCCCCCGGCGUCUCGAAAUGCUCCACUCCACAAACCGAGGGCACGUACGCGGACCGACAACCCCCUCAGCUCUCCAACGCAUUGGAGCGGGAAACUUCGCAGGAAAUAAACCGCAUUGAAAAUAAAGUAGAUGCUGUACGCAUUGACAGUAGCACAGUUAACACCUCAGACGACUUUAUAAGUACCGUAUUCGACGACGUUGACAGGUCCCCAUCCCCAUUCAUUGUGUUGGACCAUGUGGAGGACGGAGGCUGUCUUACGUAUCAGGGGACCGUGGACUCGGCCAUGCUUCCGCUAAAAGAGGAGCGGGCGCGAAUACUGCAGCGACUCGGGAUGUUGCGUGCCACUGAGCAAAGCCGGAGGCAGCAGCUUUGUAGAAAGUAUGAGGGAGAGGUAAACAUGCGAAUGGUGUCGCUAGCGGUAACCGCAGCUGAACAGAUAGAUGCGCCGUAUGGAAAUAGUACGUAUCUGACCUCCUCAAGUGUAGUUUCCACUAACCUUGAUACCCAACACAAUGAAGCGGAAGAACGAGAACAAGAACAAGACCAAGACCAAGUUCUCCCCCAGGACAGUAGAAGGGGAGAAACUACUGUAACUCGGGGAGUAAUGGCGGGCUGUUCGACAACAGUAUCAAAGGAAGUAACAGGUAGCGUCCGGGAGGGAGCCUCCCUCGUGUGCGAUCAAGUUGAUAAUGUAGAGAGUGACGAGGAUGAACCUCAUUUCACCGAAAGACUAACAAUGUUGGACUGCAUGACACAGGAGUGCUACAAGGGACUAGUCCAAGAGGGUGAGUUUUUUUCUGGUGAAGCAGAAAGUAUGGUUAGCGAAAACAGUGCGGAUACCGACUCCAGUGGAGACGGGGUACACAGCCGCGCUGAUAACAUGACGGUGUGUGACAGUGUCGAUUGUAAUAAGCUACACACGGCGCCGUCAGAAGGUUUUUACAUACCAGUACCCAUGGACAGAACAGGACAAGUGGAAUACGUCUUCAAUGGAGAUGACGCGCAGAGACGGUUGAAGUUUCGUAGAGAGGAAUAUGAGUUGCAGAGGGCUUUGGGUCGAGUAGAGGGGAAGAUAGACGCCCUAACAGCGUGUCGCCUCAGCAAAGGCAUUCACUACUGGCAGAGCGACGAUUCAACUGACAGCUGCCCGCGCUGUGGCAAAGUUUUCUCAUUCACUGUGCGGCGGCAUCACUGCCGGCGUUGUGGGGUGUUGCUGUGUAACGACUGCUGUUCACAGGUUGGGCGAGAUAUGUAUGUGCAGGUGCGCACUAGUGCAGUCACAAGUUCGGACGUGGGGCCUUCCCAUGGUUCGUCUUCAUCCCAGCGCACUACGGGAAAUGCCACGGACGACGCAUGGCUAUUCGGUACAUGUGAGCCUACUGGUUCUGGGGACACACGGGAAAAAAGACCUGGAAGCACUCCCAACUCACUUCAACCUAACCAAACCAUUAGUGACACCUGGCAAUACCAGGGGAGUAGCAGUAACAACAACAGUCUGCCCAAUUGUAUAUGCCUGCCAAACAACGGACGACGGGAUUAUCGUGGGCGGGGUGGCCUGAAGGUGCGGUAUGUCCCGUGGGUCCGCAUUUGCAAUGCCUGUUAUCUUGUCUGCCUUCGCGCCCGACUUGGAGGGAAUUAUAAACCCAUUCUUGAGGACAAUCGCCGCCGCUUCCAUGUCCUUAAAGAGGAGGAACAGUCCCUUUUGUGUAUCAAUAGUACAUGGGAAAUGCGAUGGGCACAACUAAAUGUACUGAAACAUGUCGUCAUUGAGCGAACAGUGCAUAUGGCCCACGACCAGGUGCAGCAAGCGGUUGGGGUAUUGUCCGAUUGGCUUCAAGAGUGGCGGUUAUGCCUCAAACCGUAA